AUGCAUGCAAGGACAUCUGCGUCAAUAAAACGUGACCCUUGUGAUGUGAGGAAUAGAAUAAAAUGUCCGAAAUAUCAUAUAAAAUGUAACUUUCCGUCAAACAAGGCACAGCUUUCAUGGGCUGAAAAAUUAAACAUAAUUCGAGGGCAGGUACAAAAACACAUGAAAGCGGGCAUUGGACCGUGCUGGUCGUCCGUCACGAAAACGCGCAUCAAUUACAAUAGAAUACAGCGGUACGUUCAUUAUCUCGGAAGGACACCAUUAAACAAUGCAAUGCAAGCUCUGAAGAUGGCAUUACGCCGAAACAGCGAUACAGAGAAUUGGUUCAAGUUCUGCCAACUGCACGCUAUGUACAGUACAUUGUACAUCAUGAUGUCAGUGAUGCACUAA